AUGAUUCUUAUGGCACCUCCCACAGGGGAGACGAAGAAGGAAAAGACAAGUCCACUUCUCAGGGUGAAGGGGAAACGUGUGAAGGGUGUGGCACCGAGUAAGGUCGGAAAGUCGCGCAACUAUGAGAUCGCUCCAGGCAUCAUGCGCUUCUCCAAGGCCCGAAUGUAUCACAAGAAGGCCAUGUAUAAGAAGGUGAAGCAUGGGAAGAGACCCAAGCAGGCUGGACCCUCCAAGAAGCCUCUCUUCGUGGAGAAGAAGAUCGGCGGGGAGAAGAACAACUCCACCCGUUUGGUUCGCAUCAAGAAGCUGCCCCAGUACUAUCAUGCUGAAGGGGAUAAGAAGCCAAGGCAGAGGAGGAAGACUGGCAAAUUCAUCAAGCGACAGAAGCUGAGGAAAUCUCUGGUCCCUGGGACAAUCUGCAUCGUCCUGGCAGGGCGGCACAAGGGCAGGCGGGUUGUCUUUCUCAAGCAACUCCCUUCUGGACUUCUUCUUGUAACUGGCCCAUAUAGGGUGAAUCGGUGCCCACUGCGUCGCAUCAACCAGAACUACGUGAUAGCCACACAGACACGUCUGGAUGUCUCGGGAGUCAAGCUUCCCGAUAACAUGGAUGACAACUAUUUCCGUCGCAUCCUGCUGAACAAGGCACGCAAGAAGGACGAGGACAUCUUUGAUACGAAAAAAGAGAAAUAUCAAGUAUCGGAGCAGAGAAAGAAGGACCAGAAGGAAGUGGACGAUCAGGUGUUCGCAGCUCUCAAGAAACACAAGGAACGACGUCUGGUGCGUCAAUACCUGGCCACUGGCUUCAGCCUCCGUCACGGCAUGCUCCCUCAUGCCAUGAAAUUCUAAAAGAGAGAAAAAUAAAACUUUCUUCCCGUUGUCCGGAA